GCUAGCUUCUCGUUCCUCCAUUCGCGUUUCUUUAGAGCCCGCUUCUUGCAUCCCGCACAGCUACUUCUUAAUUACGGAUGAUACAGCUUCUGGCAACACGAGCAGAAUUCGGUUCGAGCGAGCGUUAUACAAGUAUCACAUCCCGUUCUCUACACUUCCGCUUCCUUGUCGUUGACUUGUCGUUGACUUGUCCUUCUCGUCGUCGCAGUCUUGAAGCCACGCGCUCCAUCUCGCCUGCCCCGCACCGUUCACCCGCAUCGCCCCGCCAACUAGCAUAGCGCCUUCUCUUGUCGUGAACACAUCGCCGUCGUCAUUUUGAAGCAACGCGCUCCAUCCCGCCAGCGCAGCACCGUUCACCCGUAUCACUUCGUCAACUAACAUAGCGCCUUAUCCGCCCCGCUCCGCCAAUCCGCAUAGCGCCCUUUUUGGCUAGCUCCGCCAAUCAGCCUCGUACCUCGCUCCGCCAAUCAGCAUAGUGCCUCGCUCCGCCAACCAGCAUAGCGCCUCGCUCCGCCAAUCAGCAUAGCGCCCUAUCUUGCCCGUUCCGCCAUGUCGGCCGGGUGCGGCGGCGACGGCGGAGGAGUGGAGGUCCUUUCGUCCCCCCAUUUCACCAACCACUUGCGCCUUCCCCGCGUGCGCUGCCCGCGCGGCGGUCUCUCCCGCGGAACCGUCGGCAGCAGCCCGCGGAUGGGGCGGAGCCGUUCCUCCCCUCGCCUGGCCUCUCCGCGCACUCCGCGCCGCCGGACGGGCCGCCUUUCCGCGGGCGCCGCGAUGGCGUUUUUUAACACGUGUCGCUCCCCUACUAGCCCGACCUUUGCCACGUUCUUUCAGCUACAGCAGCAGCUACAGCAGGAGAUACAGCAGGGGAUUCAUCAACAGCAGCAGCAGCAGAACGCGCUGCUACCUGCCACGUGGCGGCCACUGUCGCCAGCUCCCGUUGGCGGCGGCGGCGGCGGCAGCGGGGGAGGGGAGGGAAGCAGUGGUGCGGCGAGAAGCGGCGCGGAUGCGGAGUAUAGCGCGAUGGUGAAUGAGGAGCUGCUGCUGUUCUUCUAUCGGAUGGACCUAAACGCGCGGCUCGAGACAGCCCUUCAAGCGGACCAAGACGAGGCGGCGCAGGAGCUAAGGGAGAAGAUAGCGGAGAUAGACAGAGAGACGCUGCGCCAAAGAGACGCCAAAGCCGCCAUCUCCUUCCCCUCCGCCUCCGCCUCCGCCUCCGCCUCCCCCUCCCCCAUUGCCUGCGCCACCAGCUCCGCCACCCCCGCUCCCGCCGCCGCUUCCCCUUCCCCUUUUGCGGAAAGUGCCACUGAGGUUAGAGGAGACGCCGUAGCUGACGUCAGCAGCAGUUACGGGAUGCCGCCAUUGGUGGAGGAUGGCCCUCUUUCAAUGCAUGCUCUCAGGGAGGAGCUGCAGCGGGCAGCGGACGGAGAAAAGGCGGAAGGAGCAGGUGGGGAGCAGAGAAGCGCAGGGGAACGGACAGCGGCGCAGGAGGAUGGGGGGGAGCAGGGGGGCAAAUACCGGUUGCAGCUGGGGCAGAGGGUGCAGCACUGCAGGCAUGCAUACCACGGUGUUAUAGUGGGCAUGGAUCCGCUGUGUUGCGAAUCAGCAGAAUGGAUGGCAGGUGCUGACGUGGCAGCCUUGUCAAGAGGGCCGUCUCAGCCGUUUUACCAGGUGCUUUUGGAUUCAACUGGAGGAGGUAGCUUCCCAGUCGCCUAUGUGGCCGAGGAGCUCCUAGCUCUUCCCCACGAGGCAACUACCGAACCUCUCCUGAACCAGUUCUCCCACCCAUACCUCUACCUGCUCUUCCACGGCACGGAUGCUCAAGGAAACUUCAUUCCAUGCCGCCAGCUCCGGGAAAAGUAUGGCAAGUCUGGCGACCGGCUCGGGGACAGGCUCGGGGAAAGUUUUCAGGAACAAGUGCUGAACGGUGGUGCCACUUUGGGGCUGUCUUUUAUUGAGGGUGAUUUACCCGAGUGCGACGAGGAGGGAGGGUGAGGGAAGGCAAUGCUUUGGGUUGGCCCAUGUGCUCCAACGACCAGAAACGUCCGAAGGGGCGCGGGAUUGCCAGCAACCAACGGCUGAGGGUUUGAGUCUCCUCAAAACUGGGUGGUGUGGUGUGUGAAUACUAAGCCAUGGCAACUACGGGCAACUACGGGCAUGGGGCAUGGAGGGUGGUGGAGCAUGGGGGAUGCGGCUAUUUCUCUGUUGGAAGUGGGACGAGGCUACAGUACAUGUGGCUGAAGGCAGAAUAAAGCUGCUGGCAUAUGUCAGUGCGUGUUAAUAGUACAGCAGCUGGUUUGGGGCCCAUGCUGCUGGGCAGCAGCUCAAGUUCAGGUGUAUUUUAUCGCUCCUGCUUGCAUACCUUUCACAGGUUUCCAGUUCGGAAGCCUUUGCGAAACAAUAUUUGCAUACCGUUGCUACGCUCGACAGGCACGUAGGCCAGGUGGAAAGAGUCAGGGUCGAAUCAAAUUG